CAGCCAAUCAGCGCACAGGAGGGAGUGCUCAACAGCGAGAAGGCGGUCUGCGCCAGCACAGACACACAACACCUUCAGGUGGGGAUGAAGUAGCAGCAGCAGCAGCAGCAGCAGGCGAGCUACAGAAGGACAAACGAGUCUGAGCCGCGGAGGAUCCGGAGGUUUUUCUUCAGGGGGUCCAGGUGGCAGAAAGACCUCGAGCGUCCUUCACUGGAGAUAACUGCUGUUCACACCGCCCACCUCCUCCCCCACCCACACAGCCUUCGCACCCCUUCCGACAGCCUAAUUGAUUUGCCUGAACUACAUGCAUUUGGAGCAGGUCAUCUACUAAACCCACCACCAUGGAAAAUGCGCACACCAAGUCUGCUACUGAAGUUUUAGACCACUUCGGUGUGAACGAGAACACCGGGCUGACUCAGGAGCAGGUCAAAGUCAAUUUGGAGAAAUACGGUCUGAACGAGCUCCCAGCUGAAGAAGGCAAGUCUCUAUGGGAGCUGGUGGUGGAGCAGUUUGAAGACCUCCUGGUCAGGAUUCUGCUUCUGGCUGCCUGUGUCUCCUUUGUGUUGGCUCUCUUUGAGGAGGGAGAGGAGACUACCACUGCCUUCGUAGAGCCUAUCGUCAUCCUGCUUAUCCUCAUUGCCAAUGCCGUUGUUGGGGUCUGGCAGGAGAGAAACGCGGAGAACGCCAUCGAGGCCUUGAAAGAGUACGAGCCAGAGAUGGGAAAGGUGUACCGCAUGAACCGCAAGGCCGUCCAGAUGAUCAAAGCCAGAGACAUAGUCCCGGGAGACAUAGUAGAGGUGGCAGUUGGUGACAAGGUGCCAGCUGACAUCAGAGUGACAUGCAUCAAGUCCACCACCCUGAGAGUGGACCAGUCAAUCCUAACAGGGGAGUCUGUCUCUGUGAUCAAGCACACUGACCCUGUUCCUGAUCCCCGCGCUGUCAACCAGGAUAAGAAAAACAUGCUUUUCUCUGGCACAAACAUUGCUGCAGGCCGCGCCCUAGGUAUUGUUGUUGCCACAGGCGUCAAGACUGAGAUUGGCAAGAUCCGGAAUCAGAUGGUGUCUACAGAGCAGGAGAAGACGCCGCUGCAGCAGAAGCUGGAUGAGUUUGGCCAGCAGCUCUCAAAGGUCAUCUCCCUGAUCUGCGUGGCUGUGUGGGUCAUCAACAUCGGCCACUUUGGGGACCCGGUCCAUGGUGGCUCAUGGGUCAAGGGCGCUAUCUAUUACUUUAAAAUUGCUGUUGCACUGGCUGUUGCUGCCAUCCCUGAGGGCCUGCCAGCUGUCAUCACCACCUGCCUAGCCCUCGGCACUCGCCGCAUGGCCAAGAAGAACGCAAUCGUCCGCAGCCUGCCUUCAGUGGAGACCCUGGGCUGCACCUCUGUGAUCUGCUCUGACAAGACAGGCACCCUCACCACCAACCAGAUGUCCGUCUGCAGAAUGUUUAUUGCAGACAAGGUGGACAAUUCAAGCGGCACUCUGCACGAGUUCUCCAUAACGGGCUCCACAUAUGCACCAGAGGGUCAAAUACUUAAAGACGAUAAACCCAUCCAGUGUGGAGACUACGAUGGGCUUCUGGAGUUGGCCACAGUGUGCUCGAUGUGCAACGACUCCUCCCUGGAUUACAAUGAGGCCAAAAAGGUUUAUGAAAAAGUGGGCGAGGCGACAGAGACGGCUCUCACCACCUUGGUGGAAAAGAUGAACGUCUUCAAGACAGACCUGUCUGGACUCUCUAAGGUGGAACGUGCCAGCGCCUGCAACUCGGUGAUCGGGCAGUUGAUGAAGAAGGAGUUCACUCUGGAGUUUUCCCGGGACCGAAAGUCCAUGUCUGUGUACUGCACGCCUGUCAAGCCAGGCUCCCAGAGCAAGAUGUUUGUAAAAGGAGCUCCAGAAAGUGUGAUGGAGAGGUGUCAGUACAUCCGCGUGGGAACAGGAAAGGUGGCCCUAACUCCAACUGUGCGUGAGCAGCUGCUGUGUAAAAUCAGAGAGUGGGGGACAGGCAGGGACACCCUGCGCUGCCUCGCCCUUGCCACUCAUGACAGCCCACCUCGCAAAGAGGACAUGGACCUGGAGAACUCCACCAAAUUUGCACAGUACGAGAUGGGGCUCACGUUUGUUGGCUGUGUUGGAAUGCUGGACCCCCCCAGGAAGGAGGUGAUCGGUUCAGUGAAGUUAUGCAGUGAGGCCGGAAUCAGAGUCAUCAUGAUCACAGGAGACAACAAAAGCACAGCUGUGGCCAUCUGCAGAAGAAUUGGCAUCUUUGGGGAGGACGAGGAUGUGGCAGGCAAGGCCUACACCGGCCGCGAGUUUGACGAUCUGACUACUGAGGAGCAGAGAGAAGCUGUCAAAAGGGCGCGAUGCUUCGCUCGUGUGGAGCCCGCUCACAAGUCCAAGAUCGUCGGAUAUCUGCAGUCUUUUGAUGAGAUUACUGCCAUGACAGGAGAUGGAGUGAACGAUGCUCCGGCCCUGAAGAAAGCAGAGAUCGGCAUUGCCAUGGGUUCUGGUACAGCUGUGGCCAAGUCGGCAUCUGAGAUGGUUCUAUCUGACGAUAACUUCUCCACCAUUGUGGCGGCGGUGGAGGAGGGCCGAGCCAUCUACAACAACAUGAAGCAGUUCAUCAGAUAUCUUAUCUCCUCCAACGUGGGGGAAGUUGUCUGCAUCUUUCUGACGGCCAUCUUGGGUCUUCCUGAGGCUUUGAUCCCAGUUCAGCUUCUGUGGGUUAACCUGGUGACAGAUGGUCUUCCUGCCACCGCCUUAGGUUUCAACCCUCCAGACCUGGACAUCAUGGACAAGCCGCCGCGCAACCCAAAGGAGCCUCUUAUCUCUGGCUGGCUCUUCUUCAGAUACCUUACUAUUGGAGGAUAUGUGGGACUUGGAACAGUGAGCGCUGCAGUUUGGUGGUUCCUGUUUGACGAAGAGGGUCCACAAGUGACUUUCACUCAACUGCGACACUUCAUGCAGUGCACCGAGCACAACCCCAUGUUCCAGGGCAUCGACUGUGAGGUGUUUGAAUCCCACUACCCGACCACCAUGGCGCUCUCCGUGCUGGUCACGAUUGAAAUGUUCAACUCACUCAACAGUUUAUCAGAGAACCAAUCCCUGUUGAGGAUGCCUCCGUGGGUCAAUAUUUGGCUGCUGGGAGCCAUCGUCCUCUCUCUGUCUCUUCAUUUCUUAAUCCUCUAUGUUGAGCCUUUGCCGCUGAUAUUCCAAGUGACGCCUUUGCACUGGUCUCAGUGGCUUGUGGUCCUUAAGAUUUCCUUUCCGGUGAUCCUCCUGGAUGAGGCACUCAAAUACAUCUCCAGAAACCAUCUAGAAGCAUAAAAUUCUUUUUAUCUUCUGUGAGAGAUAACGAAGAGGGGAAAUACCGGAGGCGUUGGCAGCUGAAUUAAGACCUCUCUCCGAACACACUCCCUUAGUUAGAAACAUGCGCCUACCUUCUUCCCUUUAUGAGCUAGAAACUGUUCUCUCCCCCCUGCCCUCUUACCCCCACCCCUGCAUGACCAACAAACCACCACUAGAGAAGAGCAGGGCUUUCAAGAACGAGAGCAUUUGUGUUCCUGCCAGCAUGGCUUUGUAUGAAUGUGUGUAAGAAUGAGAAAGAGAGGCUGCUGCUCAUUGGCUCUUUUUGGAGUGCAAACAUAGGGGUGCAUAAAUGGACUGUGGAGGGCGAAAACAGUGGAACCGGUGAUCGUUCUGGGUGGGGAGGGCUGGGUUUUCAAUCAGUGGAGAGACUGAAGGAGAGAGGUGAAUCCUGCAGUGUCAACCAUGGGAGAGCUUCUGCAAGAAUGUAAAUGGUGAGGGGAGCCGGGCACAGCGACAGCCCUUUGUUCUCAAACAUGGAGCCACCGUUCAUUCAAGUUUCCGCUAUCCACACUACUGAGCGUGACCGCCAGGCUGUGCUUGACACCACAUCGGUUCCACUGGUUGGCUUAUAGUCACUUCCACCGACUAACCAACAUGCGCAGAACUGCUCUCCUAUUGCCUGUGGUGCUCUGCUUUUUCCAUCUCUCCUUCACCUCUCUGUGUGAGGAGGCAGCUUUGGGCCAGGUGUGCCGGCGUCGCCGGGACUCAAAGGUGUGAAUAGCUUUAUGCUGCUUGGCCGCUUCCCUCGGCUCUUAAUUGGAGGAGCUGAGGCCAAUUUGCACACUGAGCAAAAAAACGUGAAAACAAACCCCUCAGAACUCCAAAGACCCUGAAUCCUGAUCAGGAUAAUAAAGCCAAUUCAUGCUUUUGUUUUCCAACCCAAAGCAUAUUUUUGCAGACGACCUCAUUGUUUAAUCGAGUCCACUGCUUUAAUAUUUUUCUUGAUAAUAAUUUGAUGUAUCAUCAAAUAUCCAUGCCUUAAAAAAAACUCACUGCACCUCCACCCUGGAGAUGUGAAUGAAUGUCUUACUGCUGACCCUCGAUGAGCCCAGCCCCGCCCCCACCCCCAUUACUCUGUCUACAACCAAAUAAUGAAUGUCCAACCUUCUUUGCCUCAUGUGUGCAGCCUCCUCAGCUCCUCUGACUUUCUGUGCUUCAGCAUUUUUGCUUUCGAAUAUUCUAGAUGAUGACAUAUUUGACUGAAAGACCCUGCAGGGCGUGAAAUGUUUCUCUUUUUUUUGUUUCCUUUGGGGGGGGGGGUUGUUAGAGCGUGGGGAUUUGUGGACUCAGUCAGCUGAGUUUACGCUCAUUUGAUGCCGAUGGUUAAAAAAAAGAAAAAAGAUAAGGUUAUUUCCACAUCAUAGCAGUCGGAGAUCUUUAGACCAACUUUUGUGCAAAGACAGAAUCUAAAAUUCGACUGAGAAUGUUAAACAUCUUGAGCAGUUUUAAUGUGAUUUUCAAAUCAAUAUACGUUUCUUCUUUCCCGAUUAAUUUUUUAUUCUGAGCCCAGAAAACACAAUAUAAAAGUACUGACAAAGUAAGAAUUUAUUUACUAUUUUGCAAUACUUUCAUCCACAACUUCAUAAUAAGCAUCCAGUUUCCCCAGAAAUAUCAUAGUGAAGUUAAGUCCCUCCUGAAACAAAGUGGCUGGACAGCCUGCUAUAAUAUGAUGUGACGCUUGGUGCCUUUUUUUUUCUUUUUCUUAGGGGCAAUAUGAGGCAAACUCGCACACAUAAACACGUUCUCCAGAUGUUUGCAGUUUUCCGUGCUGUUUGGAAUCAGUGUCGGUAAUACACAGAUGGAAAUCGACUCUAUCAUUAAAGCAAAACUUAUUUAUGCUGAUUGAGGACAACAAUUUGUCAGCAGAUCUUUACGUUUUGGAGCAGAAGCGGCAUUGAUGUGAAAUAAGGUUUGAUGCUGUUAGAAAGGGGGCUUCUCUGUGAUUCAUACCAGCCCCCUCCCCCCACCUCACCCCCAGUCCUCCACAGCCCUGUAACCAGCUGGCGCUCUGAUCACCAGACACUAUGGGUCUGCAUAGAUGUGUUAUUUACUACUGAAUCCUCAACUCUGAACAGACAGAGGAUCUGAUCGCAUGGAACUUUGUUACUGUAAUAUUACUCUACAGUAUCUAAUAUUUAGGUUUUUGGAAACUAGUCGCACAACAUCAGACAGACAUGCGCAACAUAUUUUUUUUUUGGUUGGUUCUCUUUGGAGCAAAAGCUAUUCAAGAAUCUCUUUUUGUCCAUUUGUUUGUUUUUCCUGUGUUUUUGUGUACAUUACAAUGUUGUUCCUUCAUUUUUCCAGUUUGGUUUUUACAAUUGCUGGGGUUUUGUGUCUUUUACUGAAAGGGGAAAAAAAUUCAUGUUUAGAAUAGACAAGAGAUGCGCUUAUGUUAACUAGUGGCAAUGACACAGAUCAGCUUAGUUGCUUUAAACGAGAGCGUUGCGAUUGAGCUGUGUCUGGUUUACAAUAAGCAAUGUUGAAUCCUGGGAUAUGAAGUUCUGUGGCUGUGCGCUGAACGGCUCUGUGGGAACCCAGGCUUUCGAAAUCCUGGACCACCCUUCUGGUUCUGCUUGUUGGAAGGUUACACAACCCAGCAUGGUACUUGAAAUUCCUCCACUCCCUGUUGAAUCAAGACCACAAAGGACGGAGCGAUCCAAUCCACCAACACCCAAAAAAACCUUCCCUCUCUCUGGUUAGAGAACUGUCUUCAGAGCCUGACUUCCAAUUCUAAGAAACAAGAGGAUUCUCUGUGUUGCCUUGUCAAUAUUAAUUGUGGACACAUAAUUUUAUAAAACAAUAGAGGUGUGGAAAUAAAGAUUAUUUAUCUUGUUAUUUAUACUGAUUGUGUGUUCAUUAUUAAAGACUUAAGAGAACUUGAA